AUGCAGCAUGCGGACCGGCCCGUACGACGGGGCAGCCUCCUGUCCCAGUCGUCCCACCGCAGCUCGCGCCGCGACGACGACGUGGUCGGGUCCUUUGUGAGCGACAGCGGCAGCUACGCGCGCUCGAGUCGGCGGCACCCGAGCCAGCGCGCGGUUGCGAUGCCCGGGCAAGCGGCCGCGACCGGCCACUUGCAGACGCAGCAGAUCCUGGCCAACUCGGGCCGCGCGAGCACAUACAGGAAUUCGACCACCGCGUCCGUUCUCAACACGACGACGCGCUCGGUGCAGUCGGGCGUCGCGAUCUCGACCAUGCUGUCGCUCGCGGCCGGCGUCGAAGACCUUGGCAACGUCCAGGAAGUCCACUGGGAAGGCCACGUGCGCAAGAAGGGCGACUGGCUCCCGCGCUGGGAGCCGCGCUACCUCGUGCUCGACGGCACGACGCUGACGUACUACAGCAAGCAGCACGACGCGCGGUCCGGCAAGAACCUCCGCGGCCGCAUGGUGCUCACGUACGUUGGGCCCGACUUCAAGAGCAAGAAAGCCCAUGGCUUCAUGAUCGAGACCAAAGGCCACAAGCGUUUCCACCUCUGCUGCGCGACCGAGCUCGAGAAAGACAUGUGGGUCGAGAUGAUGCAGACGGCGCUCGACGAAGCCAGCAGCGCGUCGACCAAGCCACCGCCGCCGCAAGACGAUUUCAUGUCGUCGCCUUCGUACGACCUGUCGCGGUCCGGGCCCGUCGUGCCCAAGAGUGCGACCCGCAGCGGGUACUCGCCGGCCUCGUCGAUCACGCACACGACGUCGCUUGCGUCGCCCGUCAACGUGCGCGACUUUUACGACGCGAUGCGCCAGCUCCUCCUCACGCACUCGUCGUCGGCGCAGUUUUUCCCCAAGCUCAGCCGCGACGUCUCGAUCACGAGCAACUACGCGCCGAGCGUGCCGUUCUGGGGCGAGUACCACGGCUUGGACGGCGUCUUGCACUUCUUUUCGAUUCUGUACGAGACGGUGGCCUUCACGUCCUUCUUCGUCACCGACGUGGCGCAGACGCAAGAGGGCUCGACGGCGAUCGUGGUCGGGCGCGAGACGAUGCGCAACAAGACCAACCACCGCAAGUUCACGCAGCAGUGGACGCACACGAUCGAGUUCUCCAAGAACGGCCGCGUCAAGCACAUCCACAUCGCGGCCGACCCGGUCGCGGCCUCCGCCGUCUUUGGCUGCAACGCGACGUCGAGCCUGAGCCUCCCGAUCGCCGCCGUGCUCGGGGCGGCCCACAGCGACACGCCGCCCGGCCGCAUCCACGUGCAUCUCGUCCGCGGCGACCAGAUCGGCGGCGUCCACGACUUUGAAGAAGACUUGUGUACGAACGACAGCCUCCUCGAGACGCCCGGCGCAAAGUACAUUGUGGAUGUGAGCGUCAUGGCCGACGCCGGCGGGUACCUCCCGACGGCGCUCCUCAAAGCCACGCACCACGUACAGACAGGCCGAUCGAAGGACUCGUCGUCGUCGACCGAGCCCGAGUGGGACGCGCAUUUGGUGGUCCCCUUUGGCGGCGCGACCCACGGCAAGCCGUGCUGCGUCGUCGUGCAGCUUUUCAAGGACCGUCGGCGCCGGCGCUCGAGCAAUGCGCCGUCCAUGGCCAACGACGGCAUGGAGCUCAUCGGUCUUGCCAAGGUCAACCUCGCACCGUUUCUCGCGCUCGCCAAGACGGACGACGGGUACUCGACCAUGCCGCAGUGGUACACGCUCCUCGCGCCUGGCGACACCAAGUUUGCCGUCGGGCGGCUCGAGCUCAGCCUCUUCUUUGAAGAGGCGUCCGACCUGCUCGACGCCGAGUCCGACUACAUGGUCUCGCCGUGCACCGAGGCGUCGUACCAUUCGGACACCUCCUCGAACGUCUCGAUCAACCGCCACAAGGCGUACCGAGACCGAGCGCGCAACAACGUCUCGUUCAACGUCGGCAACACGGCGUUUGACAUCCCGAAGCGGUACCAGAUGAUCAAGGCGGUCGGGCAAGGCGCGUACGGCUGCGUCAUCGCCGCCAGUGACACGGAGACGGGCCAGAGCCUCGCGAUCAAGAACGUUCCGAACGCGUUCAACGACCUCGUCGACGCGAAGCGCAUUCUGCGCGAGAUCCGGCUCAUGCGCCAUUUGAACCACCCGUACUUGGUCAACCUCGUCGACCUCAUUCGCCCGUCGUCCUUGCGCGAGUUUAACGACGUGUACAUUGUGACGGACCUCAUGGAAACCGAUCUGCAUCGGGUCAUCAACUCGAACCAGUCGAUCACGGACGACCACAUUCAGUACUUUCUGUACCAGAUGCUGGUCGCGAUCAAGUACGUGCACUCGGCCGACGUGCUGCACCGCGAUCUGAAGCCGAGCAACAUCCUCGUCAACUCGGACUGCGACGUCAAGCUCUGCGACUUUGGCCUCGCGCGCGGGAUUUACGACCUCCCGCCGGACGCGGCCUUGACCGAGUACGUCGUGACGCGCUGGUACCGCGCGCCCGAGGUGCUUCUGACGUCCGCGUACGACAAGCCCAUGGACGUGUGGGCGAUCGGGUGCAUCUUGGCCGAGAUGAUUGGCCGGCGACCGCUCUUCCCGGGCUCGGACUUUUUACAUCAGCUCAAGAUCAUCCUCGACGUGGUCGGGACGCCGACGGACGAGGCGCAGAUGGCGUUCAUCACCAACCACCGCGCCAAGCGCUUCAUUCUCAAGCAGCCGAAGAAGGCGCCCGUGCCCCUGACGUCGCUGUACCCGCGCGCGUCGCCGCUCUGCCUCGACCUCCUCGCCAAGAUGCUCGUCUUCAACCCGCGCGAGCGCAUCACGCCGUCGGUCGAGCAGACGUGCGUGAACGGCCCGUUCGACUUUGCGUUCGAAGACGCCGAGCUCACCAAGGACGCGCUGCAAGAGCUCAUGUUCGAGGACGUCUGCGCCUUCCACCCCGAAGUCCUCGACAAGAGCCUCCGCCGAGCCGCCACGACCGUGUAA